AUGCAUCGUGUCCGCUUGCUUCAGCAUUACCGGAUAAAGCCAUAUAUUGUGUUCGACGGUGGUCCUCUUCCCGCUAAGCAAGGUACUGAAUCUGAUCGCAAGAAGAGACGUGACGAAAAUCUCGCGCGAGCAAACGCACUUGCAGCCCAAGGCAAACACGGCCAAGCACGAGAAUACUACGUGAAAUGCAUCGAUGUUACGCCGCAAAUGGCCUAUCAGCUCAUCAAGGCAUUGCGGGCGGAGUCGGUUCCAUACGUGGUGGCUCCCUACGAGGCAGACGCACAGCUUGCCUACUUGGAACGUAUCGGCAUUGUGGACGGAAUAAUUACGGAGGACUCCGAUCUUCUGGUCUUCGGCUGUAAGAAAGUCUUAUUUAAAUUAGAUCCCACCAGUGCUACAAUAAUCUGCGUCUCCCGGGCCGAUUUCGCGUCUGUCACUUCUGGGUCGUCUGGCGGGAUUUCCCUUUUGGGGUGGUCAGAUGUCCAAUUCCGUAGCAUGGCAAUCCUCAGCGGAUGCGACUACCUCCCAAGCAUCCAGGGCAUUGGACUCAAAACUGCGCACUCGCUCUUGCGUAAAUACAAGACCGUCGAGAACGUGAUCCGAGCACUGAAUCUGGAGGGGAAGAAAAAAGUGCCGAGUAAUUACUUACAGGCGUUCAGGAAGGCCGAAAAAGUCUUUCUAUAUCAAAGGGUGUAUGACCCUACGCAGGAGAUGCUUGUGUAUUUGUCUGACCCGCCAGCUGGUGAGUUAUGGGAUGAAGAGACGGAGGCAUACGUGGGGACGAAUCUCGAGGCAUCACUAGCAAAGCAAGUCGCUGAAGGUGAUGCGUGCCCUAUCAGCCUGCUGCCUAUGGAAGAUAUCAACCCAACGUUUGUACCACGCGUCCUCAAGCCGAUCCCCAAAAACAUGCCAAUACUGUCUCGCUCGGAAAAGGAUAUUGUUCCGGAAAAACCUACAAUUGGGAUUUUGAGUUUCUUCACACCGAAGUCAAAGAUCGCUCCCGCCCCACAAUCUGGUUUGAGGGCGGUGCCAGUUGCCGGGAAACACACCGCCGCGGCUGGCCGGGCGAGUGGCAAGCGAACAUUAACGGAAGUGAUGGACCAAGAUAUGGCAGCAAAACGUAAGAGGCGGGAGGAAACGCACCGUGAAGUCCGUUCAAUUGGGCUCACGUCGUCCAAGUUCUUCUGCGCGGCCUCCUCAUCACCUCCACGCGACAGCCAGGGGAGUCGGAUGCAUUCUUCAGCAACACCACCAGACUUCACUCCCACUGAAGCGAACAAGGAAAACAUUCCGAGCGUCGUCGAAGAUGACAUUCUCAUGCCCGAGCCGGAUUCUGUAAGUCAAGAAGACGGCUACGUGUCCCCCUCUCCUUCGAUGGCACGGUGUAAUACACCCGAGCUCUGCUCUCCGCUUGUAUACAAGUCCGCGAGGUGGACCGACCAAGACGAGGAAGACGAUUUCGGUGCAGAUGUCCUUUCUAGUCCGCCUGCCCGGCGACCACUCCCAAGUUUGUUCACACGUGUGGCGUCUGGUGAAAGCAGCAUGACUGACAUGGCCGUCGGGAAAAGAUUGGUCCGCACCACGCUCUCGCAACCAGGACACGACAGGGAGGUUAUUGAAGAGGGAAAUGACCUCGGGCCUGACCUCCGGGACACGUUCGGCGAGUGGGAUUGGGAUGAGGUGACAAGUGACAUUGAAUGCCUUGACGCAUCGGGGCAGUCAGCAUGUAGCGGCCGGUCCUCACCAGGGCCGGUAACUCCUGAUGACUCGGGAGAGUACGGUGCAGCAGCUAUCCGCAAGGAUCAGACGGUGGAUGCCGAGUCAGAAGACGGCGUGGACGUGAUGGACUCACAGGCCAUGGCAGCUCUGAAUAGGAAAGUGGCCAAUGGCUGGUGGGAGAGGUGGGCGCGUGGCGACGCGACAACGCCGGCGGGUCGAUGGAAACAGACACCGCUGAAACGCAGAGAGACCACGAUGACAGCAGACGGUCGCCAACGCCCGGUGCUGCAGCGACCUCAUUCUGCGCAGCCCGCCUCGAAGGGGAAGAGCUCACAGCAGCAGGAGGUUCGUUCAGCAGGGAGAAGAAGCCUGGUGUUCACGGAAGACGUGAAGAAGCCUUCCAAAGGGGGCCAAGUUCGUGACACAAGUUGUGUGCGGCCCGGUACGACUGGGUCUCUGCAUGCGAGAGGGGACGUCGCGGAGACCAAGAAUAAAUUCGCCGAGUAUCGGUAG